UGACAGUGAGGCUGGUCCUGCUGCUGCGCUCCGGCUGCGCCCGCCUCUGCCACAUCAGUGAGGGGUCUGGCCGCCGCUGAGCGCUCUUGGCGGCCUGGCUCUGGCUACGACUGAGAAGUUAAGCAGGUGAGGGCUGGGAGGUGGGCAGGACUCAACCCGGAGCUGCAAAGCCCAAGCCAAAAAUUUAGAGAGCAAACUGCACGAGGGGGCUUGAGUCGAGAGAGCAAGCCAAGUGGAACUGGAGGCAAUGUCAUCAUUGGUGAAGGAGGACUUGGAGAAGAAACUGUUUAAGCCUCUCUCGCAGAAUCUGUACGAGUUCAUUGAAAUAGAGUUCUCGGUCCAGGACAGGUACUACCUCUGUGUGUCAGUGACCAAAAAAGAAGAAGUAAAAAUAAUUAUGGUGAAACACUACAGGACAGGUUUAGAUGAAAAAUAUGAAGUAACCAAAAGAUGGUCUUUGAAAGAUCUGCAGAAAAUUGAUGGAAAAGAAGCAGAUACUGACAAUCCAUUUUUUGAUCUGCACUUCAAAAAAGUGUACCGUAUGGAAGCGUAUAGCUGUGCUUCUAAAUAUGCCUUUGCUCGAACUGUAAAUAAGCUGAAUCAUGUGUAUCUUAAGAAGGACUUACAGAUUGUGAAUUUCGAUUCUACUUACAUUAAUGAUGAUUCCAUUUGGUCCUCUAACAACAAGGAUUGCUUGGUUCUUAUGAGAAUAUGCUUUUAUGCUUUCAAUCUUGUAUGCUUGUCUUUGUGUCCUCUACCACUCUGA